GCGCGUCAGUCGCCCGGCGCACGCUGCUCGUGUAGACAGCCCGCGUUCGCACGCCCAACGUCAUUACACAGAGGUCACGAUGUCCACUGUGCAGUUUGAAUAUGACCCGGAGCGUCUCAUCGAAGAGGUAAAAAAACGCCCCGGUAUAUGGGACUUCGAAAAUGUAGAAUACAGAACGAAAAAUUUAAGACACAGGCUAUGGACGGAGGUCGUUAACGAACUAAUGACGAGCGAUGUGAAGGUUUCAAAGAGCGAAAUGAGAGAACUAGAACUUCAACUUCAGAAGAAAUGGAAGAGUAUCAGGGAUUGUUUUCAAAAGUACGUCAGUCAUCCAAAUAGAACGAGACGGCCUUAUCUAUACAGUAAGCAAUUACAAUUCCUUCUAAAGAAACAAAUGGAACAUCCAGAAACUGGUUCGAGUGAAUCUGACGACGGACGAAACAAAAGACGAGCAUGGAGACCUAAGAAAAAGUUGAAACUUACCAAAGAGAGUUCAGAAGAGGAAAAUGAAAACGAUAACAACGACGAUUAUCAUCUAAACGAAGAUAUAUCCAUCGAUAUGCCACAGAAGCAUAACGUCAUAAGUAAAUCUAACGUUAUCGAUGAAUUCGCAUUCGCAAACGUUGAUUCACAAGUAAGAAGCGACCUGGAAGAUCCGGAUAAAUUAUUUCUUUUGUCACUACUCCCACAUUUCAAAUCGAUACCCGAAGAAAUGCGUCUCAACGUUAAAAUGGAUAUGAUGCAAGUUUUGAGAAAUGCGAAUUACCAUACGGCAAUCGAACAUAAAAUAAUUUAGAUAGAUAACAAAUAACAUUACUUUAUGAACGUACUUAUAAUUUUUUUAGAGGAUGAUUAGUUAAACAAUGCUGUUGUUUUCUUCUUUCGAAUGUCAAAGCAAUAAUGAUAGAAAGAGAGAAAUCGGUGUUUAACUAUUCAACGGCUACACAACAAUUUAAACAUAAAUAUACCGUGGUCGAGACUUA